GACAGAAAAAGAAGAUGAAAGCACUCUCUGGACACCAUCACGGCAGACGUGAGAGACAGAGCUCAUGUAGUUCAUGCAAGAACCCCCCUUGCCUGCCUACCCACGAUCACCCACAUUCCGCUCCACGCCUCCACCCACCUUCUCCUGAUCUCCUCCUGUCUUCUUCUUGCUGCCUGCCGCGCCUCCCUCCCAAAAACCCUCAACCAAAACCCCACCGCUGGCUUCCACCGCCACCCGUCGCGACGUUGCCUCACCCUGGACGCCCGCCCGCACCGCGCCAGCCCCGCCGCUCCUCGGCGUGUCCCGCUACAUGGCGUCGCCGCCGCUUCCCGGAAAGGACGCUGCUUUCGGGUCCGGGACCACGGUGCGGCGCCCGGGGAGGCUGCGCGUCAUGCACCCGCACGUGGCGGAGCUUCUCCGAAGCCCGCGCCGGCACGCGCGUCCGGCAGCGGCGCCGCAGGCGAAGGCGCAGGCGCCGGUCCCCGAGCGCGCGAGGUACGCGUGCGCGUUCGAGGACGGCGGCGGCGUCGCGGCCCCCGGCCGCCUCGUGUGGGCCAAGGUCAGGAACCACCCGUGGUGGCCAGGGCAGGUGUUCGACGCGGCGGAUGCGUCGGCGGUUGCGCGGGCGCGGCGCAGGCUGCGCCGCGCCGUCCUCGUCGCGUACUUCUGGGACAGGACCUUCGCGUGGACCGACGCCGCGGCGCUGCUCCCGCUCCGCGCCGGCUUCCCGCGCCUCGCCGCCGUGGCCCCCGUCGCCGCCGCCGUCGACGCCGCGCUGGCCGAGGUCGCGCGCCGCGUGCUCGCCGGCCUCUCGUGCUGCUGCGGAGGCGGCGGGGACAACGAGGCCACCGCCAGCACGCAGGCGAUCGACAACGCCGGCGUCCGUGCCGGCGCGCCCGGGGCGGCGGUGGACGCGGCCUUCGCCAGGCGCGCGCUCCAGGCCGAGGCCCUCCUCGGGUACCUCUCCGCGCUGGCCACCAGCCCGCGGGCCGGGGGCGACAGAGUGGACCUCGCCGUCGCCGCGGCGCAGCUCGGGGCGCUCGGCCGGUGGAAGGGCUCGGCGAGGGGCCUUCCCGAGUACACGGUCGUCCACGGCAUCGAUGAUGCCGUCGUCGCCGCCCCUGGGAGAGCCAAAGCCAAGCGGAGGAGGCCGCCGUCGACCGGAGUUGAUGGUCCUGCUCCUGCCAAAAGGAGGGUGAGCAGGAACACUCACAUCGCUGCGACAAAAGGGAAUGCAGCCUGUGACACCGGCGACUACGAAGCGCUGGAGCUGGAGGAUCUCCCGCUGGGCACACCGGCCCAGCAGACGCCCACGCCCACGAGGAUCGGGAAGCUCAUGAGCCGUGCCGCGCAGAACAUGUCGCUCUCGCCGGUGGUCCUCAGGGUCAGGGCCACGGCGGCCAACGGCAGCAACUGCGCUCCUCCACCUCCGACGGCUGUACUGCCAGCGCCACACAUGGUAAGGUGCGCGGUAGUGGCAGCACACGAGCAGCUUCCUCCGACGCGCAAGGACGACAGUGGUGACCACGAAGCCUGGGCUGGGGCCGGGCUCGUGCUCAACUUCAGCAGCGCACACGCCGUGCCUUCCGCACGUCACCUGGCCACGGCCUUUAGCCGGUUCGGGCCUGUCAAGGAGGUCCGGGUAGACAACACUACAGUGGUCUUCGACAGUGAUGCGCAUGCUGAUGAGGCGUUCUCGGGCGCCGCCGAGAUCGGCUCCAUCAGCGCGUCCCUCGUCAGCUUCCGUGUCACUUCUUCGCUUCCUGCCGCACCAGAUGAUCCUGCUGCACAACCUCAGACUCAGAGCAUGCCGUCGGACACCUCGCCUGUUGAAGCGCUUAGAUGAUGGUGACCAGGAGGCAGGGAAGAGGUCGCUCGUUCGUUCAUCCUAUUCGUCCAUGCAUCUCGAACUUUUGGGUUGGGUUGCCACUUGCCAGGGAGAUGGUAGUUCGUGAGAGGAGUUUUUUUUUUAUCAAAGCUGAACUUGGGUUGGCUUUAUAAUAUGCACUAGCAGUAUAUCCUUUUUGGCUGUCGUCUACACGGUGACAUUUGAAUUUAUAUAUGCAGCAGACGGUGCAAAAACAUCCCAAGUGGUGAUGUUUUAUGCUUUUUUACUUGAAUGUUUUGGUUUCUUAGUGGUUUUUGAUGCCAGCAGAUCAUUCUGUUAGCUAGAAGGAAUAUCUGUUCAAAAUGCAACCUUUAUUUCAGGCGCC